CUCCACAACUAAAACUUCACUCUGGUAUUUCUCAUACCAUGAAGCAGUUUCUGCAUCUCAGAAAUAAUCAUGUCCUUGGUGUGAUCUCUUUAAUUCUGAUAUUGGGAUCAGUGAAUGUGAAGGUAGCAGAAGGUAGGGUUCACAGUGAAUUGGGCCAGAUUGAAUAUCCUGCCAUCAAUUGCAGAAAGCACAGUGCAAGUUUGAAAGAUUUUGGAGGAGUUGGUGAUGGGAAAACAUCAAACACAAAGGUUUUUCAAUCUGCAAUAAGCAAACUCAGCCAAUAUGCUUCUGAUGGAGGUGCAACACUUAUUGUGCCACCAGGGAAAUGGCUAACAGGACCCUUUAAUCUCACAAGCCAUUUCACUCUUUUUCUUCAGAAGGAUGCUGUUAUUCUUGCUUCUCAGAACGAAUUAGAAUGGCCUCAUCUUGCUGUGCUACCUUCUUAUGGAAGAGGAAGAGAUGCUCCUGGUGGAAGAUUUAGCAGUCUAAUUUUUGGGACUAAUCUCACUGAUGUUGUAAUUACUGGUCAAAAUGGUACAAUUGAUGGACAAGGAUCUUAUUGGUGGGACAAGUUCCACAAGAAUCAGUUGACUCUCACAAGGCCCUACAUGAUUGAGAUCAUGUACUCUGAUCAAAUCCAAAUAUCAGAUCUCACUUUGGUCAAUUCCCCAACUUGGUUUGUCCAUCCAAUUUACAGCAGUAACAUAAUCGUAAAAGGGCUUACCAUUCUUGCCCCAGUGGAUUCUCCUAACACAGAUGGCAUAAACCCAGAUUCGUGCACAAACACUAGGAUUGAAGACUGCUACAUUGUUUCUGGUGAUGAUUGCAUUUCGGCAAAAAGCGGGUGGGAUGAGUAUGGUAUUAAAUUUGGAAGGCCAACCCAACACUUAGUGAUUAGAAGAGUGACUUGUAUAUCCCCAGACAGUGCCAUGGUUGCACUAGGCAGUGAAAUGUCUGGUGGAAUUGAAGAUGUUAGAGUUGAAGAUCUCACUGCCAUCAACACAGAAUCAGCUGUUAGAAUCAAAACAGCAGUUGGUAGAGGUGGAUUUGUGAAGAACAUAUUUGUGAGAGGAUUGAAUCUGAAUACCAUGAAAUAUGUAUUUUGGAUGACUGGUUCUUAUGGACAACACCCUGACUCUCACUAUGACCCCAAAGCACUUCCUACCAUUACCGGAAUAAAUUUCAAAGAUGUUGUUGCCAAGAAUGUUACAUAUUCUGCAAAACUUGAAGGAAUCUCCAACGACCCUUUUACUGGAAUCUGCAUUUCUAAUGUGACUAUCGAAGUGAGUGCACUGAAGAAGAAGAAGCUUCAAUGGAAUUGCACUGAUGUUGCUGGAGUUACCAAUAAUGUCACUCCUCCACCUUGUGCAUUGCUGCCACAGAAAGAUAAAACUGAUUGUGCUUUUCCAAAUGACAAACUACCCAUUGAAGCUGUUCAAUUCAAGACAUGUUCCUUAUAAAACAGCCUUGACAAAUCUAUUUGAAUCUAUGUAUUACAUACAGUAGAAAUAAUAGAAAAUAAUGUGUUAGAAGAAAAAAGGGUUCAGUUAUUAUGAGCUAAAGGUCAUUAUUUUUGUUUGAA